CGGAGAGGGGGGGGAAGGAAGGAUUUCCGUUUCCGCUUGGGCGGGGGUUGGAGGAGGUUGCAGCUGGAGCUGGAGCCCAGCCUGUUCUUGACUGCUUCCGUUCUCUCGCCUUUGCUGCUGGAUGCGGCCUUGGAGGAGGUGUCUUAAGGGUGUGCUGUAGAUGAGGGGGUGGAGGAUAUGCCUGGUGGGGAAUUUUCUCCACCCCCUCCGUGAGUGAGCAACUGCUGCUAUGUGCCUCUCUCAGCACCUCCAGGACUAAAGCCCUUUUAAGUUCCUCAAAGAAUCUCCUGGCAUCCUUUCUUCCGUUCCGGGCAGCGCGUGGUCCCUGGAGGGUGCCCCAUCGCUCUCCAGACCAGCGCUGUAAUUUCCGCCUGCUUCCCUUGCCAAAUGCAUCUUUGCAAACCCAGAAGCCCUGUGCCAAUGCUCUGUGGAUGGGCCUGGCGUUAGAAUGGUGCCUGCAUUUCUGUGACGAGGCCAAACCGCCCGGGUGAGGAGGCUGCAGAGGGGCGUCGGAGGCUGGGCAUGGAGGACUCUGACCAGAGGUUGGUGCUGGGUAUGAACAUGGGUGAUGGGCGGGAAACACCUCCCGGGGAGCUGAGGACGCCCACCGAAGAGGGAGAGGAGCAGAGGACACCCGUGCCUGAAGCCAUCUGUGACGGUGGCAGCGGUGAUGCCAAAACUUCCCAGCGGAAAGAAGAGGAGCAGGAGGAAGAGGAGGAGCUUGACCCCCGCAUCCAAAAGUUCUCCAUUGCUCCGUCCCUGCUUCAUUGUUUUGCAACUUUAGCAGCAGGAGGAUGUUUUCUAGCCCUGCUACCUGAGAUUCUUGAAGUCAAGGAUGGGGGACCUUUUGUGGGCCCGCCAAAGGAGGAGCUGGAGCACCUCAAUCAGGCCAACGAAGAGAUCAAUCGAGUGGAGCUGCAGCUGGAUGAAGCCCGUACCACGUAUCGAAGGAUCUUGUCGGAGUCUGCCAGGAAGCUGAAUGCUCAGGGCUCCCAGUUGGGGAACUGUAUCGAGAAAGCACGCCCCUACUACGAGGCCAGGCGCUUGGCCAAGGAGGCACAGCAAGAGACCCAGAAGGCUGCCCUGCGGUACGAGCGAGCCGUCAGCAUGCACAACGCGGCCCGGGAGAUGGUUUUCGUGGCUGAGCAGGGGGUCAUGGCCGACAAAAACAGGCUGGACCCAACCUGGCAGGAGAUGCUCAACCACGCUACGUGCAAGGUGAACGAGGCCGAAGAGGAGCGCCUGCGAAGCGAACGGGAGCACCAGCGCGUCACCCAGCUCUGCCAGCAGGCCGAGGCUAAGGUGCAGUCGCUGCAGAAGUCCUUGAAGCGGGUCAUUGUGAAGAGCAAGCCCUACUUUGAGCUGAAGGCCCAGUUCAACCAAAUCCUUGAGGAGCACAAGGCCCGGGUGACGUCCCUGGAGCAGCAGGUUGGCCAGGCCAAGAUGCGCUACUCUGUGGCCUUGCGGAACCUGGAGCAGAUCAGUGAACAGAUCCACGCCCGGAGGCUCCAGCGCCUGGUCGGCCGGAGGGCUUCCCCGGUGGGCGCCGAGGCCAGCCCUGCGCUGCUCUACGGGGCGGUGGCGCUGCCCCCCGAGCCGUCCGCCUCCGCCGACACGCUCUCGGUCCUCAGCUUCCAGACCAUUGCCUCCGACCUGCAGAAAUUCGACUCGGUGGAGCACCUGCUGGGGCUGUCCGACGCCGCCAGCCUCAACAGCGACGAGCUGGAGGAGCGGGAGCAGCGCCGCGAAGCCCAGCCCCACCCCUUCACGCACCACCGCAGCAUCAGCCUCUGACGUGCCCCCAUCACCCCCCCUCUCUGCCGCAGUCCCUUUCGCCCCCGACCUCCUGGGGAAAUGGGGAGAAGGAGGGGUCGGGCACGAAAGGAAUGAUCACGCAGAGAAAGGCAGGUCUUGGGAGCGCAUUGGUUAUGCUGGGCCCGUCUGCUGAAGUGCGGUCUGUGGGGCUGAAUUCCCCCCGCAGUUUGCAGCCUUUGGCGCAACCCAGACGCCCUGCCGUCCUCUGCGCACCCAGGCCCCAGUUGCUUGGAAACUUCGAGCAUUUUGCUGGCCCCCAUUCAUCGAGCCCCCAUUUUCCCCGCCCCUUAUUUUCCCCCCUCCCCUCCCUACCAGCAUGCACCUGUUUCCUGGGAGCACUGUAUGGUGGGGACAAUUCUGCGCCCCUGCACAUUUCACCUUAGGUUUGUUGGCUUAUUAGCGACGCCAUCAUCUUUCUCCAGGUGGGCUGGAGCGCUUGAAACAGAGGGAAGAAAAGCAGGGAAGGAUGCAGGAAGUAAACAACGCUGCUGUUUCGUUCCCUCUCUUUUUACAUGAUUUGUUUUGGGUGGCUGAGUAGGCGUUGAGAAGACGACUUUUUAAAAACCUCUGCAUUUUAGAGAACCUCCCCAGUCUGCUUUCAUUGGAUUGCCACCACAGACUGCGAUAUAGAAAAAUAUCCUUUUUAAAAAAAGAAACGGGACUCUUGCGCUCCCUAUGGGGCUUUUUUUUGACAUACACUACAGUAAAAUGAGGCAUGCCAUUCAUUUAUCUCGCCCCAGCAACAGAUAUAUAAGGGCAGGCACCAGUCUCUUUAUAGCUUAUCCAGCGUGUAGACACGUGACCUGCUCUCGGUGCAGUAGCUGGGGAGAGAGGCUGGCAGCCUGAGGGUGCCUUUCAGCGCUACCACGAGAGAAGACAGGCGGCGGGAGCCUCCCUCCAUUGAGACAUCUCCUACCUAUCUAACCCACUUGGUACAUCCCUGUUUGCCCCAGUCAAAAGAUGGGAGGCACUUUAGCUCCAUGGCGAUGACAUUUGCACUAAUUUAAGUAGCAAAAGGUGGGUCUGGAAAGCCUUUCUCUCUUCUCCCUCCUCAGUGGUCUCCACAGGCCCCCGUGUCUCUGUUUUCUGGGGAUGGGGGCGGUUUUGGCCUCUCAGAACAAAUUUGCUAGACCUUGGCUGUGAUGAGAACCAGUUGCUGGUUUGAGGCAGCCUGAUAGCGAUUCUGUGUGUGUGCGCGUGGGUGUUUGUAUGACCGGCUUCUGAUGUGUAUUUUAUUUAAAGUAAAGUUUAUGCCCUAUCAAAAGAA